AUGAGCAAUAAUGACACUACAAAGAAGCAAAAAGAGAGCAUCAAAGAACCAAUAGAGGAUGAGAAGCAAACAAAAGCAGAUCAAGCCAAAAAGCAAAUGAAGGGAGAUGAAGCACUAGAUCAAGAGGAGAUGCCAAACAAAAGCACUGAGAAACUCAAGGAGAAGGACAAUCAGCCACAAAGCUCAAGGGAAAUGACUCAGGAACAACAGCAAAUAGGAAAGAACCACACACCUCCACUGCCAUAUCCCCAGAGAUUCAACAAAGAGGUUAAGGACCAACAUUUCCACAAAUUCCUUGAGACCUUCAAGAAGCUGGAAAUCAAUAUCCCUCUAGCUGAAGCACUUGAGCAGAUGCCUUUGUAUGCCAAGUUCUUGAAGGAACUCAUCAAUAAGAAAAGAAGUUGGGAUGAGAAGGAAAUCGUAUCACUCACUGAGGAAUGCAGAAUCUUGAUUCAAAAAGGGCUGCCUCCCAAGCUUGAGGACCCAGGGAGUUUCUUGUUACCUUGCACCAUUGGGGAAGUGACCAUCACUAAAGCAAUGUGCGAUCUUGGAGCAAGUAUUAAUUUGAUACCAUCCUCCCUGGUGAAAAAGCUACAUAUAGAGGAAGUCAAACCAGUACAAAUGUCUCUGGAGCUGGUAGAUAAGUCAAUGGUACACCCCAGGGGUGUAAUUGAAAAUCUGUUAGUCAAGGUGGACAGCUUUAUAUACCCUGCUGAUUUUGUGGUUCUAGAGUCAGAAGAGGAUGAUAGUGACUCUGUUAUACUAGGAAGGCCAUUCUUGGCCACUGCUAGAGCCAUCAUAGACAUAGAGAAAGGGGAGUUAACUCUCAGGAUGCAUGAUCAGAGACCCGAAAUGACAACUCGUGGAUGGGGUCGAGGACAGAGAGAGAAUGAGGGAUUUGCUUCUACUGGCCAUCAGGCCAAAUUUCUGGCAGCAAUGACCUAA